AAUGCUUGUAUUGGUAUUGGACAAACAUUAAUCGAACGUGGUCAUCAAUGUUAUUUUAUUAUUACUAAUGAAAAAUAUAUAGGAAAUUUUUCGAAAUUUGGUUUCAAAGAAUUAUUAUUAUUGAUUAAUAAUGAUGAUGAUGAUGAUGAUCGAAAAACAACCGAAGAACAAAAUGUUGAACCAAAAACAUCAUCAUCAAAUCAUCCAAAUGCCAACGAUGAAAAACUUAUUAAUGAAUUGAAUACUUCGGGUAUUUUAUCCGCACGUUCAUCAUUGGAAAAAUUAGAUCUUUAUGAUCGUCAUAAAAAUAAAGAUUAUUAUGCAAAACAACUUACAAUCGAUUUGAUUAAAUGGAAUAGCCAAAUAGCUAAAAUGAUUGAUGUGGAAAAACCUGAUUUAAUUAUUGUUGAUCAUAUGCUCGUUGUACCAUGUAUUGCAUAUGGAAAAAUUCCAUGGUCAUUUUUAUGGAGUGCAAAUCCAAUUCCAUUGUAUCGAUUUUCGAAAAAAUUACCACCACCUUUUUCCGGUUAUCCAAUCGAUGAUCAAAGUAAAUGGUCAGAAUUUUUUGAAGUACUUGAAAAUUCUACCAGACCAAGUUUACAAUAUUAUCAAAAUUUAUUGAACAAAGAAUGUGGCUAUUUAGAAACUGUUGACCAUGAACAAUUUCUAUUCAUAUCACCAUAUCUAAAUAUUUAUGGUUAUCCAAAAGAAUUAGACUAUACUGAUGUUAUUGAAUUACCUUCGAAUUUCAUUCAAUUGGAUGCUUUCUGUCGAUAUGAAACAGAAAAAUUUGAAUUACCCAAUGAAUUUCGUUGUAAAAUUCAAUCAAAUGAUAAAUUAAUUUAUCUUUCAUUAGGUACAUUUGGUAGUUGUAAUGUUGAAUUAAUGAAUCAAAUAAUUUUGGCUAUAUCAACAAAAUCAAAAUAUAAAUGUAUUGUUUCAAUGGGACCAUUAUAUGAAAAAAUUAAAUUAGCUAAUAAUGUAUGGGGAAAAUCUUAUCUACCACAGACAAAAAUUUUAUCAUUAGUCGAUUUAGUUAUAACACAUGGUGGUAAUAAUACAAUAACUGAAACUUGUUUGGCUGGAAAACCAAUGAUUGCAAUACCAAUGUUUGUCGAUCAAUAUGAUAAUGCACAACGUAUUCAGGAAAAAGGUUAUGGUUAUCGAUUUGAUCAAACAAAUCAAUUUGAUCAAAUAAAAUUUUUAUCAUUGAUUGAUAAUAUUAUCAAUGAUGAUGAACAAAUGAAAAAACAUUGUCAACAAAUGGCAAAA